AUGCACAGAAUCUACACCGUCCCAGGCCUCUACUCUGUCGCCGAAAAGCAGGCCAUGGCAUCCGCCAUUACAGAGCUCUACACGUCCUUUGGCCUUCCCGCAUUCUACGUGCUUGUCUUCUUCAUCGACCUGCCCAAGGACUCGUACUACAUCGGCGGCAAGCCAGACGAUAACUUUGCCCGCUUCAAUGUCCAGCACGUCGCACGCGCCUUGCCAGAUAAGCCAUCGAAGCUUCAGUUUAUGCAGGCAUACGAGAAGGCUCUCAAGCCGUUUACCGCUGACAAAGGGCUCAACUGGGAGGUGAACAUCGACGAAGCCGAUCCCUUGGUCUGGCAUACGAAUGGUGUGUCUCCUCCUGUGCCUGGAUCAGACGGAGAGAAGCUAUGGGCGAAGCUGAACAAGGUGGUUCCGUUUGAGGGGCAGGCAUGGAAAGACCUGGACUGA